GGCGUCCCUAUCUUCCGCGUCCUCAUUCUUCUUCAGCCGAUCUCUCCGGCGACCUCUUCGAUCAGUCUCUCUUGCCUCGGUUCCGUCGCCCCCUGCGCGAACAGCUGGCGCUGGGUUUCGUAUUGGUUGCCUCUCCACAGCUAAUGCUGCUUUCUCUAUUUCUUCCUCGCAUGAAAGAGGUGGUAACUUAUCUCAGCUUUCCGCUACAUCGUCCUCUCCCCUUUCCGGAGAUUAGCUCAUUUUUCCUGUUUUUGCGACGAGGAAACAGGGAUUCGAGUGCCCCUGAAAAAAGUCGCUUGAAGGAUUUUAUUCAUAUUAGUGAUUUUGACAAGGAAACAAUAAUGAGUAUCCUUCAAAAAGCUAGUGAAGUCAAAGCAUUGUUGAAGUCAGGAGAUCGGGCAUUCCAACCAUUCAAAGGAAAGACCAUGGCAAUGAUUUUUUCCAAGCCAUCUAUGAGGACCCGUGUCUCAUUUGAGACAGGGUUCUCUUUACUUGGUGGACAUGCCAUAUACUUAGGUCCCGAUGAUAUACAAAUGGGAAAACGAGAGGAUACCCGUGAUGUUGCUCGAGUGCUUUCUCGUUAUAAUGACAUUAUCAUGGCACGAGUUUUUGCUCAUCAGGAUAUUCUUGACCUUGGAAAGUUUGCUUCAGUCCCAGUUGUGAAUGGUCUGACAGACUACAAUCACCCUUGUCAGAUAAUGGCUGAUGCACUGACAAUAAUUGAGCACAUUGGUCAGCUGGAAGGAGCAAAGAUCGUCUAUGUUGGGGAUGGAAACAAUAUUGUGCAUUCAUGGUUACUGCUAGCAUCUGUUGUCCCACUUCACUUUGUGUGCGCUUGUCCUAAAGGAUUUGAACCUGAUGAGAAAACUGUUGAGAAGGCAAGGAGUGCUGGUAUCAGCAAGAUCGUGUUAACUGAUAAUCCAAGGGAAGCAGUUGAGGGAGCUGAUGUAGUCUAUUCAGACGUAUGGGCUAGCAUGGGUCAAAAGGAACAGGUUUCUUUUAGAAGGCAAAAAUUUCAAAGCUUCCAGGUUGAUGAAGCUAUGAUGGAACUGGCAGGCUCGAAGGCUUAUUUCAUGCAUUGCCUCCCAGCUGAGAGAGGAUUCGAGGUUACAGACGGUGUCAUUGAAGCUCCCAACUCCAUCGUGUUUACACAGGCUGAGAAUCGCAUGCAUGCUCAAAAUGCCAUCAUGAUGCAUCUGUUUGGUCUUUAGUGUUCUUUCACAUCUGCAUGUAGCUUUUAGUUGAUGCAAAUUAUGAAAUGUGGUUGUUUAGAACUAGUUCGGGCUUUAAGGCAGGGACUACUAAUGCUUGAUGAUUUAAGAAAAUUAUGUUAAUAGUAAUUAGGCUUUGCCUAUUUGGUCCGGAUCUAUAGACUGAUGAUUUUAGUUCUGUAACCUCAUAUGCAUGAUAGCUAUAACAUUUACCUAUAUUUUAAUUAGAACGAAAUUAAACUUUUUUCUA